UUUCUGUCGAUCCGACUUCGACCAUUCAUCCGUGUUCAAUACGUUACACGUGUCAACGCUUGAAGAUUUUUUUCUGUUCAAAAGUGUUGUGUAUAAGCUGGUAAAAAUGCCCGGAAAGCUUUAUACAUACCCAGACAAUUUUCGCGCACAAAAGAUCCAAAUUGCAGCUCAAUACAGCGGGGUGAAGUUGGAGUUAGCAGAAUUCGUUGCCGGCGAAACAAACAAAUGCCCAGAUUUUCUGAAAAAGUUCCCGUUGGGCCAAGUGCCGGCGUACGAAAACGGAGAUGUGAAAUUGUUUGACACAAAUGCGAUUGCGUAUUAUGUUGGGAAUGAAGUUACUAGAGGCAACAACAACGAAGCUGAGGUUCUGCAAUGGAUUGGAAUCGCCGACAACGAGUUCUUGCCGUCUGCGUGCACGUGGGUGUUCCCAACGCUCGGUAUAAUGCAAUACAAUAAGCAAGCUACAGAAAAAGCGAAGCAGGACGUCAAAUCACUCAUGGAAAUGGUAAAUAACCACUUGCUUACCCGCACGUAUUUAGUUGGUGAAAGAAUUACCCAAGCAGAUAUUUCAAUGGCUUGUACAUUGAUUAUGUUGUACAAAAAUGUAAUGGACCCAGAUUUCCGCGCCCCAUUCGGAAACGUAAACCGCUGGUUUGUUACCUUGAUCAAUCAGCCAGAAUUUAAGUCCGUCCUCGGAGAGGUCAAUCUUUGUACGAAGAUGGCGCAGUUCGAUGCUAAAAAGUUCAACGAAAUAUCUGGGAAACCGGCAAAGAAGGAGCCAACUCCUAAGAAACCAGCCGAGAAGAAAGAAAAAGCAGCAGGGGAUUCUAAACCAGCUGCUGCACCAGCGGAGCCGGCGCCGGAAAAAAAGAAAGACCCGUGGGCUGAUUCUCCAAAACCCACAUUCGAUAUGGAUGCUUGGAAGAGAUGUUAUUCUAAUCGAGAUGCUCCUUUUGCAUGGAAGUACUUCAUCGAAAAUUUUCCCAAAGAAACCUACUCGAUCUGGAGAGGCAAAUACCAAUACUCUGAUCAACUUAAACAGGAUUUUAUGGCGUCCAAUUUAAUCGGUGGUACUUUUCAACGACUGGAAAAGAUGCGCAAAAAUGCUUUUGCAGUUGUUUUAGUUCUGGAAAAAGACAAAAAAUUUGACAUUGACGGCAUUUGGGUUUGGUUGGGUGACAAACUGGCUUUUGAGUUGUGUGAAGACUGGAAAACAGAUUACGAAAGUUACAAAUGGUCGAAGCUCGACUUAGACAACGCAGCGGAUGAGAAAACUAUCAAAGAAUUCUUCGCAUGCGAGGGUGAUUUUGAAGGAAGAAACUACAUUGACGGGAAAAUGUAUAAAUAACUUUACUGUUUGAAAAAUUGGGUUAUUUGAACCGCUGGGUUAAUUGUGAAAAUGUCGCAUGAAAAUGGUGAUUUAAAAAUGCCUUCAAAUUUUUAUUUCGUUCGUUGUAUAAUGGUAAAUACGCGUUUUGAUAUGUUCCAAUAUUUUGUGCAACUGUUUCAAUAUUGAGAUCUAGUAAAAAGUGGUAACAGUUUAAA